AUGACCUCUACCAUUGUUCUCCCGCGAGAAAGCCACACACACACAAUUAUAUGGCUGCACGGUCGGGACAGCUACGCUGAAGAAUUUUCAAGCGAACUUUUCGAGAGUGAAGCAUCACAGCCCGAAGGACAGCCAAUGACCUUGCCAGACCUCUUCCCUACAAUUAAAUGGGUAUUUCCCCAAGCACCACUUCUGCGUGCCGAAAGAUUCGACGUCGAAAAAAUGCCCCAAUGGUUCGAUAUGUGGUCUGUUGAGAACCCUCAUGAACGACCGGAAUUCCAAGAGGACGGCCUACGAGACAGCAUCGCCCAGAUCCUCGAUAUCAUCCGAGAAGAAGCCAUAUCAAUACCUACGCAUAAAAUUUUCUUAGCAGGGAUUAGUCAAGGCUUCGCGACCACAAUCUCGACAUUCUUCGUAGAUGGCAACACACAAUUUGCUGGAUUAAUCGGCCUCUCCAGCUGGAUACCUCCUUUCGCCGCGUAUCUUUCAAUUAUGCCGAUCUACCAUCUAGCAGGAAAAACCCCGGUCUUCCUAGCUCAUUCCUUAGAUGAUGACGUGGUUCCCAUUGGGAACGGGGAACAUCUUCGAGAUACUCUAAGUGCCCAUAUGGAAACGAUAGAGUGGAAGCAAUACGAGGAGGGGGGGCAUUGGAUCAACGAACCCGAGGGUGUUAAUGACAUCGUUAGAUUUUUAAGGGUGAAUAUGUGA